AUGGCGGAGAUCAAAGCCUUUGAGAAGAAGGAGGAGUCUGAGAUCGAAGAGAUCAAGGAUUUGCAGAAGAAGGCCAUGGAGCUCAUCCUCGGCAAGCUUGAUCGCCAGAGCGAGGGGCAACAGGCCACCAUCAUUGCGUCGUCGCCGGAUCCGCUAACGUUCCACAACGGAUCCGCGCGCAGCAAGACCUCGGAGAUGUUCGAGAACUGCAAGGCCUCGGCACCGCGAUCCCUGCACCCGGCCCUGGUGGCCACUGAGAGCCAUGAUGCCCAGAUCGAGGACUUGACGAUCAAGACCAACCGUACCUUUCAGGGAGAGGAAGAGCAGGAGGAGCAAAGAAGGUGCAAAUCCUAUGAGUCGCCGGCUGUUUGGUUUCGCCGCAAACCGAGUGUCUGGUGCUGCGACACUACCAAACAGGACUGCAACGGCUGUGAAAGAGAGCAGAAGGGCAGUUGCACGGUCCGGGAGCCUGCAUUCGUGAAGCUGGCGGAUGAGCCUUUGUAUGCUCCGUGCAUGGACAUUCCGGGCUGGGCGGACUCGGCGGGGAAGACCUGUGCCCAGAUUUCGGAGAACGAGUGCAGCGUGAAGCGAAGCCAGGGGCAAAGCAGCCGCGAGGCUUGCUGCCAGUGCGGAGGCGGCAUCCGCAGCCCGACGCCUUUCACUUACGACGACUACGUGUUCGUCCUGGGGGAGGACGUGAAGAUGUAUCCAAAGCCCCGUACCGCAACGCGAUAUGGAGUCAAUGAUGGCUGCGAGCUUGCCAUAUACAACCUCACGAUCGACGGCGCAACAGGUGUUGUCAGCUACAUCAAGGGCCGCGACAAGCCCAAAGAGCCCUUCAAGGUGUCCUGCAAGGUCACUGCUUUUCAGCUGCACCACCAGAUCUUCACGGCCGAUAUCAACGUCGCGGUUCAGGAGCUUUCCUACGGCGCCUCCGUGCUGACGUUCACGCCGCAGACCACUCUCUACGAGCUGCGCAAGAGUGCCAGCAGUGAGUGGAAGGACUUCAGCACAAACUGUGCUCCAGAAGCAAAGUGGUUGAAGCUUGAGAAAAAUGGGAACCUCAAGGUGGUUAAAGGCGAUGAGACCGGCGUCGUCGACAGCAUCCAGGAUACCUUCAGCGGCCAGGUGGCGACCGUGUGCCAGCUUUGGGCCUACUCCAAGGCGAAGAACCUGAAGGACGACGAGUGGAAGGUGAAGUCCAUGGGUGUGGUUGUGGUCAAGCCGACAGCUGCUCCUUUGCUCUCCUACCCGACCAGCACGCUGACCAGCGCCGUCGGCCAAGCCGUUCCGGCAGUGGAGCCGGUGGCCUUUCCUCAAGGCGCUAUGGUACCAAGCUCAUAUGCGAUGAGGUGCGACAAGAAAAACUUCAAGUUCGACGGUGUCCAUGGCAUCGGCUUCUACGAGGGUCAUCCCCUCCUGGAGCUGCAGUCCAAUGGUCAGCUGAGUCUGAACACAGGACCUUCGUUCACACGCGUCUUCGAUGCCAUCGGCCGCAAGCAGGACGGCAGUGUGGCGACGCUGGUGCUGAAGUGCCGCAUUAUCGGCGUGUUCCCGGAUUCGGAUUUCAAGCCGCUCACUACAAAGAUGGACAUCGUGAUCACAGACACGACCUGCUGGGUCAAGGAGAAGGUUCGUCGCGGACAGCAGCCAGUGAGCAAGAAAGUGAGGAACCGCGCGCAAUGCCAGCACUGGUGCAGGAGCCGGCCCAGCUGCUCGGCGUAUGUCUACGACACCCGCCGGAGGCGCAAGCGAUGCAUCGAGACCAAGCGAAACUCCGUGGGCGGGAGGACGGUCGAGGUCUACACCAAGAUUCCCGACUGCAACCCAGAUACGGCUUGCGUUCAAGUCGAUGCCCGAACGUGGCUUGAACGAGGCACCUAUUGCCCUGUCGGCUACGAUGUCGACCGUGGUAGCAUGACUUACCUCAAGGAAGGCCUCACGCCGAACGAGAUGAUUUACCUGCGGAAGUUCAAGACGGGAGCCGACUCCCUCGUCGAAGGCUGCGAUGAUGGGAAUUGGCUGCUGCAGCAACAGAGCCCGGGCGACUUCCAGAACAAGAAGAAGGGCCUCUUUGAGUUUGCAGGACCUUUCGUCAGCUGCAAGGUGAAGAGCGUGAGCUACACGGGUCUCCCGUGCACGCAGCCUUCCAACAUCACCGAGGAGGAGGAUGCAGUUCCGAGGAUGAUCCUGGACAACCCGGACACCAAGGCUCCUGAGGAUUACUGGCUCCACCCCUGUGACUGCGCGCCCAAGGUCUGGGGUGACGCUCCACCCAUGGAUCAAGAGGUGUUCGCGGCGCUGCCGCCAGAAUCUGAAGACCAGUUCAUCCCAGCCCCAGUGAUGAUCGUGGAGGGACAGUUUGUGUGCCCACCCAACGAAAUGGUCGGGGACGGCCCGAUCUUCGAGACGGAAGAGGAAGCGCAGGAGGUUGGGGACUGCGAGCUCAAGUGCAAGAACAUGGACGAGUGCAACUUCUUCUGGCAUGGCACGCAGCAUGCCCUUGCCACCUGCAGGUUGUACGCCAAAUGCAGCCACCUUGUUCGCGAGCCCGGCGUUGAAGGAAUGCUCAAGGCGGUGCCGAAGACUCCUGCCUGCCUGGUGACCGCCCCGGAGGACUGCUGGACCAAGACGCUUCGACGGGUUGCUUUGACUUCGGAUGCAGUCCCGAGCUUCUGGCAUUGGACCCUGUAUGCGGAGUGCGACUACAUGCUGCUGCUAGGCGGCUGGGGCGUCUCUGGCUGCAGCCGGCCCUCCGUCCGGGACAUGAACAGCCACCAGUGGAAGCACAAGAGGCAUCUUCCUGCGACUUUCAAGCACGGUGAGAUGAUCCAGGCAUCCUGCUGGAGCGACCGCUACGAAGGCAUCAACCUGGGCGUAAAGAAUCGAGAGGCCAUCACCUGCGUCAACGGUGGCUGGUUCGCUUCCAACGGCCUCAACGGCUUCGAGGGAUUCGCUUGUCUUCCCUGCAUGCAGGUGGGAACGGCGGGAUUCGGAGAUGUGCACGAGAAGAGGCAGCAGGAGCUCUACUACUUCAACCGCCUUUCCAUGCAACUGCACAGCGAGGUGAACCCGAUCUCUGAUGGCAAAGUGAGCUGCCUGGAGCCUCUGACGCCUCCGCCAGAGGUCACCACGGACCUACCGAAGGGCCUGAAGGAGGCGAAGUCAUUCGACCUCCGAGGGUACGAGUUCGUUGAAGACGACAAUGUGAUGGGUUCGGAUGCUUUGUGGCACUCCGCGCCCCGUCUCUCCUACAGGGGGAUGAAGGUCAGGGGAAACAUCGGCAGCUCCCGCACGAGAAAACGGCCGCUCACUGCAACGCCAAACCUCGGGAAGUGCCUCUUCCAGAAAAAAAGGUCGUGGUUCAACUUCGCGAACAAGAAGUGGUGGCUUUUGACCCUCAAGAGAACGACCUGGGUGGCGUCCCUGGAGUUCACGGUCGGGGGCGCUGACUGCUGCAAAAAGGGUCUGAAGGCCGGCAAGCGGAAGUGUGCCAGCCGCAUCACCAUCGGCGAAGGUGAGACGAAGAGGGUCCGAUGCUAUGCAAAAACCAAGAAGAUCAAGAUCAGCACCGGCGCGUUUCGCUCUGGAGCCGAUAUCCAGUUCUGCGGCAUCAAAGUCUUUGGGCAGAAAAAACAACCAAAGAAGGCGGAGAUUCGGAAGUACUUCUUCCAAAGCCUUCCCGAAGCCCAGGAGGCAUGUGCAAAGGAUCACCGCUGCAGGAUGGUCUCCCGCGAUGAUGGCAUUAUGGUUGACGGAUCUAUUCGCCGCUAUGAGCUCCGUUGUGGGAACAUGGUUUCCUGGAUCGGCGCCAAGAACUGGUACAAGGUCAAGCCAGUCCCUUGUGUGGGCAACUGCGCCCGCCUCAAGCCCGUCACUUGUUCCGCCGGAAUGCGCGGCUGUGAACACAAGACACUCACAGAUGGCCUCAAGGACAACUGGCGGUGGCCAUCCUCCCCCCACAGCGUCGCUGGAGUAACCUGUACGCCAGACAAGGAGUGGGUGGAGGUGGACUUGGGAGUUGACACACAGUUCGAUCGGGUGGUGCUCUUCGGCUAUGCCAACGGGCGUAAAUACUGCGGCACUUCUAUUGGCGUCACCAAGGAUAAGAUCACCUGGAAGUGGCCUUACUGGAGUGCGGGGUGGCGAAAUCGAGAAUGGGGACAUGGUACCGGAUUCAACAUCGGGCUUCAGACGGCACGUUAUGUUCGCGUGUACCUGGGCAAGAACAACCAGGAUGCCCACAUCCACCUUCUCGAGCUCGAGAUCUAUAGGAAAUCCGUCGCGGCACCCCCGGAGCCAAAGUCGAAGUGGAUCACGACGGCACACAUUGGCCAUUUGGGGACACGUGCGAAAUGCAAGUACUCCCUGCUUCAAGACGCCGCCAACAUCUCUGCAAACGCCACUGAAGAGGACUUUGAGAUGGAGGAGGAUGUGGAGGACACGGCAGAGAACUUGGCGGCCUUCCAAAUGGAGACUGAAGAGGGAGCCAGGGUGGUGCAAGCACAGGCAGAAGAGGCCGAAGCAGGUGCUGAGCAUGCCUCUCUUGAGGAACAGGUAGAGGAGGAAGAGGAAGAGCAGGAUUCCGAGGAGGAAGAGGAGGAGGAAGCGGAAGACUCUGAGGACGCGGAGGACAAUGAAACGGCAGAGGUGGAAGAACGAACUCAGCGAGCUCUGCUUUCCAAGGCCUCUCGGGUGAAGUUGAGCGACGAGCCAGAUAUGCUCGACGAGGAGGAGGCAUACGAUGGCGAGGAAGCUUACGAGGAGGAGGAGGAGGAAGACAUGGAGGAUGAGGACAACGAUGACGUCGCAGAAUUGGAGGGGCGGGACGAGCCAACGACGAAGACGGAGGCCGCGAAUAUGACUGCCCUCAGCGAGGAAGAACAGGAGGAUCAGUCUACAGCGUCGAGGAGGCGCAGGCGGAGGAGGCGCAGGCGGAGAAGAAGGAAAAACUCCCGCCGGAGGCGCUCCCGCCGCAGGCGCUCCCGCCGCAGGACCACGACCACGACGUCCACGAGCACGACGACGACCAGUACCACAACGACCACCACCACCUGCCACUACUGGGUCGGCGUGACAGGCUUUGGAAUCGAUCUGACCUCGCUUGGCACCUUGAAGGGUGGCCAUGUUUGGGCGAGCAGUCACGCGAAGAAGAUUGAGUGUCGACUUUUUUGCGACCACAUCCACGUCCUUACCAUGCGCCAUGCGUCUUUGGGCAAACAUGGCGCUACUGCGGCGAUUCCCGCCGUCUGCAGGGGCGCCCAGUUCCUGUGGCUUGCGGGCUCGGCCGCAGCAGGCUUCUGCGAAUUUUCGUGGCACAAGCUGGAGGUGUAUGAGUUUCCCACAGCCAUGACUGUGGCGAAAAGUCAAGAGCCCGACUUGGGCAUCCAGGCCUACGGAUGCUCAGCGAACUACAAAACGAUGGGUGCCGUGGAUCUGGACGUGCAAGAGUAUGGAUUUCUGGCUCCGGGCAACCAGGUGUCAUUCUCCCGUCGCAGCCGGAAGACCAGGUGCAAGGUCUCUUGCCUUACGCACUCUUGGCGCGCGGAGAAUAUCGACGAAAGCAGUUCGCGUCGGAGCCGCGCCCGCAAUCUCCCAUGGUGGUGCACGGGUGCCAGCCGGAUUGUGCUCGAGGGUGGUGGCAAAUGUGGAGGCUGCCACCUGACGAAUCAUAAAAUGCUCGUCAGUCCGCACCCUGUCAACAACAUCCAGACCGGCUUACCCGAGAAGAAGAUCGUGGCAUGGUUCAAGAGCGAAAAUGCAGGACGAAACUGGAAGAGCAGUGUCGGCAACUACUGGGGUAAGGGCAGCGCGGGAGUGAAGACAUACACGGCCAGAGGCUACGGAGCAAAGUCUGCCAUCAAGUUCGUCCAAGGUUCCACUCGCCACAACUUCGAGUUCAAGGGCGUUCUGAGAGACCACUACACGGUCUGUGCGGUCACGCGGUACACCAACGCCAAGCAUGCGAAGCGGAUCCUUCAAGGCAGCCACACUAACAUCGUCUUCGGUCACCACGGGGCGGAAGGUGUCGGUGUGGUCUACUUCGACGCAGGCUGGCAGACCCCGCUGAAGAAGCGCAUCAAGAGCACCAAGUGGACGACCGUGUGCGCUUCACCCGGCUCCCGAUCCGUCAUUGUCGACGGUCAAAAUGUGGGCACGGCCAAGACUGACAGCUUCCACAACCAGGACCUCGUGAUCAACCGUGGGAACAUCUGGCGCGAGAAGUCGGACUUCGCCGUGAUGGAAGUGAUCACGUGGAACUACAUCCUCACAAAGAGAGAGAUGGAAGAGGCCUCGACGUACUUGAUGAAAAAGCUCAUGGUGGGUGGGGAGAAGGACAUGUGCCGCAUUGCUCUCAGGAAUCCCUCAUGGAAUCAUCGCGAGAUCAGCUCUUUCCGCAGCGAAGGCUUCCAGAACUCAGAGCUCGACUCUGACAGGGCCUGGUGCGCGAAGAAGGAUGAUCGAAAUCCAUGGGUGGAGAUCGACAUGAAGGACGUCAAGAACGUGAUUGGGGUCGUCAUCCAGGGUUUGAAGGAGAAGAACAAGGAGAAUUAUGUCUACUCAUUCAAGGUGUCCUACACAAAGGACCCCAAGAAAGGCAAGUGGACCCAGCUCCCUGUCUCCUUCACGGGACUAAGCGGCAGCCCAAACGACCAUGUCCGCGCCUACUUUGAGGCCCCAGUGGAAGGUAGAGUCUUCAAACUCCACGGCUUCAGCGUCCACGGUGAGAUGUGCCUCCGGGCUGCGCUGAUGAUCUGCCAGGGGAAGCUGGAGAACGAGAUGACUCUGCUCCAGGCGAAGACCUGUCCGACAGAUUACAGCCUCCAGUCCUGGAAGGACUCCGACAUCUCCAGCAGGCGCCUUCGCAUUAACGACUUGGACAAUCAAUGUGUGGCCGUGGAACCCAUGGAGAAAAACAUGGCUCUGGUCUACAAGAAGUGUGCAGCGGAUGAUGUGCACCAGCUCAUUCCAGCGCACGACAUUGGAUACAUGUUCACAAUGCUGCAUCGCAACAGCUGGCUGCAAGACAACGUGCUUCGACCGGGGCUGAAGGCAUACUGGGAAGGGGGGGCGUAA